AUGGGGGGCACACAGCAGAAGGUGCUUCUUUUUUGGACCCUUGUUUCUUGUCUCUUUGCCUCCCUUUCACCUGCUGCAGGUCAGAUAAAAAUAGUUGGGUCACCUUUGUGCACUGGAAGAGUUGAAAUCUAUCACAGUGGCUCCUGGGGAACAGUCUGUGAUGACAGCUGGGACUUAAAUGAUGCUAAAGUGGUCUGCAGACAGCUGGGCUGUGGGGCAGUGGUGUCGGCCCCUCAGUCUGCUCACUUUGGUAAAGGAACUGGACAAAUCUGGCUUGAUGAUGUGGCCUGUUCAGGGAGUAAAAGUUCUCUAACUGAGUGUCGGCACAGUGGAUUUGGGACACACAACUGUGGACAUGGUGAGGACGCUGGUGUCGUCUGCUCAGGUCCUCAGAUCAGAUUAGCUGGGUCUGGAGCAACAAGGUGCUCUGGAAGAGUUGAAAUCUAUCACAGUGGCUCCUGGGGAACAGUCUGUGAUGACAGCUGGGACAUAAAUGAUGCCAAUGUGAUCUGUAGACACUUAUACUGUGGAACAGCCCUGAGUGCCACGACAUCUGCCUUUUUUGGUCAAGGAACAGGACAAAUCUGGCUUGAUGAAGUGGCCUGUUCAGGGAGUGAAAGUUCUCUAUCUCAGUGUCGGCACAGAGAAUUUGGGAAGCAUGACUGUAAUCAUGGUGAGGAUGCCGGUGUCGUCUGUUCAGUGAGCCUCCCAAAACCCAGCAUCUCCAUAAAUAGAGGUGAGGUUACCUGGGGUCAGGACGCAAGCAUCACGUGUUCCAUCUCAUCUGAGUUCCCAGGUGGAAAGUUCAUUCUCAAGAAGACCACAGGCUCUUUCACUCAGACUAAAACAGGUUCCACAUAUGCUACCUUCAACCUCCAAAACGUGGACUUCGGUCAUGAUGGAUCGUACCAGUGUCAGUAUGAGAAAUAUAUCUCAAGUAAUCGGUUCAGCUCCUCCCUCAGUGACUCUGUCAGAAUGUCUGUUACUAGUAAGUAG